AUGAGUCCGCCAGCCAGAUUUGCUGUUGUUGUGCCCGUGGUGCCCGUCCCCUCCUUGGACUACGACCCGUUGAAACCCUUCGAUGAAAAAUACUUUGACCGCGCUGUUGACAGAAUCCUGUCUGAAGAGGCUGACCUGGAAGAGUCUCGAAAUGAGAUGCAGGAGCUUGACAUAGAGAGCGAUGUCGAGAAUGAUGACAAUGCCGACUCAAUUGAACAGAGUACUCCCUCCAGCCAGAAAGCGGAAUCUCAUACAUCUCGUUCACCUGAGCCUACAACUUCCGCACCCGCCGGUGAAUAUGACGAGGCAGAGGACCCAAGAAUCUUUGCCGAUGUGUCAGAGACUACGCGUGUAGGAAUUCUCAGGGUCAUUGCAGAGAUGCCUUUUCUGUACAAAUAUCCACUUAAGAAGUCUGAGCGGCUAAACUUUGCGGAACAAAUUCACAAUCUCACGAGGAAGGCCGGGAUCUCACAGGCUAAUUCCAAUGCUCUGUUUCAACAUGUGCGUGCAACCUACAUGGACUCGCAUCGCAGGGCCCAGACAGAUGACAACGGAUCUGCUUUUGGGGGUGAGAUCAAUGACCUGGAGGAAGAGGCAGUACCCUCCCCACCUUCCUCACCCUCCCCAACCUCCCCGCCGAAAAGCAAGGGGGAAAAGAGACAAUCUGGAUCUACCGCGCAGAAGAGAAAACGUCGUGGAGAGUCUUCAUCUUCCACUAUUGAGCGAUUGGAGAGUACACCGAGGUCUCAGGGGCCAACCAUGGCCAACUUGGCAGAAGUAGCUAUCAAGAUCCCUGAUGAGAGCCCAGCUACAGCCAUCAGCAAGGCUAAGAAGCCCCCGAGAAAGAGGGCGUGCGCUGACUGCCGCAAGAGAAAGUCUUCCCCCUCUGCUGUCAAGCGUGUCCGCAUUCAGCUAGAAGAACCAGGUGGACGUAAUGCGGCUAUGAAGAAACAACAAAGCAGCACCGCUCGGGCCAGUGCUGUCAAAGGGCCAGUGCUCAUUGAUUUAUCAAGGUGCUCGCCCUCGCCCCCCGACAGCUCCGACAAAGACGAAUCACAUGAGGAUUAUGCGACCCCUCGUGAACAUCCGACUAGUCCAGUGCAGGCUAGCCCAGAUGCAAAUGCAACCAUUGCUACUCUGCCAAAGCAUGCUAUCACUCGCAGUCCCCAUGGUGAGGCUGAUCAGCCAUCCGACCCCCUUCACAGCGAACCGUCGAAAGAAGAGGUGGCGCGGUUUAAGGCAGCGAAGAACUUACGAAAGCGUGCUCGUCGCAACGAAAAAAAGAGGCGAGCAAGCAUGGGCCUAGACAUGAUCGAGGACAAUAAUGAUCAGCCUGCGCAACCCCAAGUUCAGCGUUCGACUUCAAAGAAGACCCGAGCUCUGCCUUCUACUCCACAGAAGAAAAAGACCGAAAAGCGAAACUCCUGUGAUUUGCCAGGUUUAACUCCCAGUGAUGAGGUUAAAUCAAAAUACUUCGAACGGGCCAUUGAACGAGAAGGUGUACCACCUCGGAUUACAUUGACCCCAAUUCCGACCUCUCCGAUACCACAAGACGAAGAAUCAAUCCCGGAAAGCCCUACGAAAUCUGCAGACUGUUCCCUUCCCAAUCCCCGAACGCCUCGCCGCAAAUACCCAAAGCUCUCUCCAUAUUUCCCCCUUGUGCAGAUUGACGCUGAAUCAUGUCUGCCAUUUCCCCCAAUUGAUGCGCCCUCAUUUGGCCUCAUACAAGAGCAGCUUGCGCAUGACCCCUUUCGUUUGCUCAUUGCUACCAUAUUCCUGAAUCGUACCCGAGGAGGGGUUGCAUUACCAGUGUUGUUCCAAGUCUUCGAACGAUACCCAACAAUCGAGGCGAUGGCAGCCGCGGCCCAAUCAGACCUCGUAUCAUUGAUCCGGUGCCUGGGAUUCCAAAAUCAACGUGCUACGAAAUGCAUCACUCUUGCGCAAACAUGGCUCACCAACCCCCUACCCCACAGAAACGAUAUCGAAGAAUCCACUACCCCCGAGAAUUUGACGGCCGCAACGUUGGUCGUGAUGAAUGCAUUGACCAAGAAGACCUGCGGAUCGCAUGGGAAGUCGCCCAUCUCCCCGGAAGGAUUGGCCGAAGACUGGACAGGCACUGGUGCGAAGGAACCUGGGUUCGUACCCGAAUGGAAGUGUGUUUUGCCCCAGGACAAGGAACUACGAGCCUAUCUGACGUGGAUGUGGUUGAAAGAAGGAUGGAACUGGGACUACAACACGGGUGACUUGACGGCUGCGAGUGAGAAGAUGAUGAAAGCUGCCCAAAAUGGUGGAGUUGCCCAUGAAGAAGAAGGCAAUUGGGUACUUGAAACAUCGCCAGUCAAAGCCAUGAAUGGGCUACACAGCUAA